AGUACAACUCUUAUGUAAUCUUGUGGCACGGAGAUGACCCCUACUAGGCUUCUAUGAGAACUUAAGAUAAGAUGCUACGAUACUCACGACGCCUACUCAACAAAUUCUCUCUCCUCCCCAAACCCACCCACCAAACAUUCUCUCUCCUCAAAAAAACCCACACCAUGUCCACCACCACCACCACAACCACCACCACAACAAUCAACCCAAUAAGCCCAUCAACCACCAAAGUGGGCUGGAUCGGAACCGGAGUAAUGGGCCGAUCCAUGUGCGCCCACAUCUUAAAAGCAGGCUACAAACUCACCGUCUUCAACCGAACCCUUUCCAAAGCCCAACCUUUACUAGACCAAGGAGCCCAACUCGCUAACUCUCCUGCCGAAGUCGCUUCUCAAUCCGACGUCGUUUUCACCAUGGUCUCUUUUCCAUCUGACGUCAAAUCAGUCACUGACUCCAUACUCUCUCUCCUACGACCAGGUGGUAUUCUCGUUGACAUGACAACUUCUGACCCCACUUUAGCUGUCUCAAUUUCAUCAUUAGCUUCUGCUAAAUCUUGUUAUUCAGUUGAUGCACCUGUGUCAGGUGGCGAUCGUGGUGCGCGCACAGCUUGUUUAUCGAUUUUUGCAGGUGGGGACCCUGAUAUAAUCCAAGCUUUAUCCGCUCUGUUAUCCUUAAUGGGGACCACCCAUUAUAUGGGUGGUCCCGGAAAGGGACAGUUUGCGAAGCUUGGGAAUCAAAUAUGUAUCGCUUCGACGAUGGUGGGGUUGGUGGAAGGGAUGAUUUACGCGCAUAAGGCGCAGUUGGAUGUGGAGAUGUUUUUGGAUGCGAUAUCGGGUGGUGCUGCAGGGAGUAAGAGCUUGGAGUUGUAUGGUGGGAGGAUAUUGAAGAGGGAUUUUGAAGCUGGGUUUUAUGUUGAUCAUUUUGUUAAGGAUUUGGGGAUUUGUUUGAGAGAAUGUGAGAAAAUGGGGAUUUGUUUGCCUGGGUUGGGGUUAGCUCAUCAAUUGUAUUUAUCACUUAAGGCUUAUGGUGAAGGUGGGUUGGGUACUCAAGCUCUUGUUUUAGCACUUGAGAGGCUUAAUAAUGUUUCUUUAGACUCCAAAGCCGCUGCCUAGAUGGUGUACGCGCUUGUACGUAGAGUGUGCGCACAUGUGCAUGGUUAAUAAGCUAAAUGAACAUAUGUACAUCUUUAUUAGUACAUGUUUAUUGGUAUUAAUUUUUGUGUUCAUAAUCUAGCACUUGAGAGGCGUAAUAAUGUUUCUUUAGACUCCAACACUGCUUAGAUGGUGUACACGUUUGUGUUUGUACGUAGAGUAUAGUGCGCGCAUGUAGAUGCUUUCAAAUUUGUGUAAUGCAUGAGCUAGAAAUAAAGAUUGCUUUAAACUG